AUGACUGAAGCGGGGGAAUUGAGUCAACUUUGGUUUCGAGAAUUUUAUCUGGAGAUGACGAUGGGAAAACGAAUUCAAUUCCCCAUUGAAAUGUCGAUGCCAUGGAUUCUCACCGAUUUUAUUUUGUCGUCAAAUGAACCAUCUUUGAUUGAAUCCGCGUUGUUUCAAUUGGAUUUGUAUAAUGAUGCGGCACAAUAUUCACUUUUCAAUUUUAACAAGCAGUUUUUGUAUGAUGAAGUUGAGGCGGAAGUUAACUUAUGUUUUGAUCAAUUUGUAUACAAGUUGUCGGAAAUGGUUUUUACACAUUAUAAACAAUUGGCAUCUUGGUAAGAUUUUUUGGGAACGGGGAUGUUUUGGAAAUUUUUGGUCCGAUUCCAAUCUGAAAACUUUUUUUUUGAAUUUUGAAAAAUUUUGAAUUUCUGUGUGAAAAAACGUGACAUAGAAAUGUUUGAAGUUCAUUUUGAGAAAAAAUUUGGAUUUUAGAAAAAAACAUUAUGGGAUGAUUCAAGUCGGAAAAAAAUUGAAAGAUAGAUAUUUUUCAUUUUUGUGUGGAAAAAAUAGGUUUUUUUCAUUUUCUGAAUCGAAAAUUUUUGUUAAAAAAUUAAAAAAAAAAUUUUUUUCAGAAUUUUUCUCAAAAAAUUAAAUUUAAAUCGAUUUCUAUUAAAAAUAAUUUUUUUUUGAAAUUCUGAUUUUUAUUUUGAAUUGAAAGUCCCCCAAAUUCACAAAAAUUUCCAAAUUUUGACCAGAAAUUCUCCUUUCUUUUUUUACAUUUUACACGGUGUUUCACUGUUUUUUUCGAAUUUUGCAAAUUUUUCAACUGAUUGUACUAUAUAGAAAAUGCUCUUUCAAAUGAGCACAACUUUUUUUUGCUCAGACUCCAUCUGAAAACUGAAUUUUUCGCAUUUUUUAAAUUGAAACUCCCCCAAAUGUACAAAAACCCCCCAUUUCCAGCAUGCUUCUUGACAAACGUUUCAAAUCUGAAAUUCUCCGAGCUGGCACAAUGAUUCGAUCGCCUUCAGCUGCUCGUUUCGAAAGUUUAUUACAACAAAGACAUUUGCAAUUAUUAGGCAGAUCAGUGGAUUUGAAUCGAGUUGUAUCGCAACGAAUUAAUAUGGCUCUCUUGAAAGCCCUCGAUUCAGCCAUCGGAAAAUUCGAAAGUGAACCACUAUCUUCAAUAAUUGAAUUGGAUCUUCUCAUCGAAGCGAAUCGACUCUGUCAUCAUUUGCUGAAAAAUGUUCUUCACUCGGUGGCCGAUUUCGAUGAUUUACUACAAGAAGCAAAUCAUGCGGUGAAUUCGCCGCACGGUCGAAUCACUCUUCACGUUUUCUGGGAACUCAACUAUGAUUUUGUGCCGAAUUUCGUUUAUAAUGGAUCGACGCAUCGAUUUGUGCGAGCGCGACAAGUUUUUCGAAAAACACCGGCACGCGAUAAACCGCCGAAUGUUGGACAGGUUUAUUAUUGGGGAUCGCGAUCACUUCAGGCCGCGUUUAUGAAUAUUUGCAAUGCUUAUACACAAUGUAUUGCGACACAGCAUUUACGAGCGUUGACGAAAUUAUUGCAUUAUCAGGGAAUUGCUGUGAUUGUAGAGGAGUUGCUGAAGUUGGCGAAUCGAACGCUGAAUGAGAAAAUUCGAAGACAUGUUAAAAAUGUGCUGAAUGUUAUGCCGAAAGUUUGUAAAUUGCCAAGAACUGAAUAUGGAAGCAAUGGUGAGUCUUAGAGAUUUAUUUUUGCAAGGAUCAGCGCCUUGAAAGCCUAUAUGUCAAGUAGCCGCGCCUAGAGAAUUCGAUUGUCUAGGAUCAGCGCCUAGAGAUCCAUUUUUGCAAGGGUCAGCGCCUUGAGAGCCUAUAUGUGAAGUAACAGCGACUUGAGAAUUCAAUUGUCAAGUAGCCGCGCCUAGAGAAUGCAAUUGUCUACGAUCAGCGCCUAGAGAUCGAUUCUUGCAAGUAACAGCGCCUAGAGAAUGCAAUUUUCAAGGAUCAGCGCCUUGAAAGCCUAUAUGUGAAGUAGCCGCGCCUAGAGAAUCUGCUCGUCUAGAACCCACGCCUAAAGAAUCACUCUGGAUAGAAGCCGCGCCUUGAAAGCCUAUAUGUCAAGUAGCAGUGCCUAUACAGUCAAAUUGUCAAGGAUCAGCGCCUAGAAAGCUUUUAUGUCAAGUAGCCGCGCCUAGAGAAUGCAAUUUUCAAGGAGCAGCGCCUAGAGAACCUGCUCGUCUAGAACCCACGCCUAGAGAUCCACUCUAGCUAGAAGCCGCGCCUUGAAAGCCUAUAUGUCAAGUAGCAGUGCUUAUACAGUCAAAUUGUCAAGGAGCAGCGCCUAGAGAACCUGAUCGUCUAGAACCCACGCCUAGAGAUCGAUUCUUGCAAGUAACAGCGCCUAGAGAAUUCAAUUGUCAAGUAGCCGCGCCUAGAGAACCUGCUUCUCUAGAACCCACACCUAGAGAGCCACUCUAGCUAGAAGCCGCGCAUUGAAAGCUACCGUGGCUAUUUCAAACGCCUCCAGAGCUUUAUGUGAAGUAGGCAAGUCUAGAAAGCCUAGAAAAUCUUUUUGAACUCUUUCCCUCUGCAAAAAUCCACCAAAAUUCCAGCGGUCCUCCAAUAUUAUUGCCAUCAUCUCGACGCCAUCGGCAAAUAUCCCGAACUCAAAACCGAAUUCUGUCAAGACCUUCGUGAACUCGGAAAUAUGAUUGUCUUUUGUCAACAACUCGAAGUCGCAUUAGCUCAAGAAGAAACUAGUGAUCUAUUCCUAGCAGCCGCCUACACUGGAAAUGUUCCACAGCCGCCGAGUCGAAAUGCGCAAGAGCAAAUUCAACAAUUGGCGAAAUUGGAGGAGAAAUAUUCGAGAAUUCAUUUGACGAAUAUUAUUGAUAAAAUUAGCAGUGAUGAAGCGGUAAGGGGGGUUUUUGGAGGUUACUAGAGUUAUCUUAACUUAAAAGCGUUCUAGACUGAAAUUUUGUGCUGAAAAUUAUGUAAAUUUCAUAAUUUUCAGCAUCAAGAGAGUAUUGGGGGACUAGUUUUUUGAAAAAUGCAAAUUCUAGUCCCUAGCCUAGAUUCCUGAAUUUUUCCAGCAAGUGACAAUUGGCAGAGAGGCUGAAUUAAUGACAAAAGAACGACUUUGUUGUGGACUCAACGCUUUUGAGCACUUUCUCAUUCGAAUUCGACAAAUGUUGGCUGCUGAUGAGGUUUUUCUUUCUUUUUUUUCUUCCCCAAAUAACUUUGGCUAAAUCCCAUUGUUUUUCUGCAGAUUUGGACUGGCGGAUAUCCGACGAAUGGUGUUUUUUGGGUUGAUGAAUGUGUCGAGUGGUAUCGUGUUUUUUCGGCUUUGCAGUUUUUCAUUUGCCAACCGGCUAGAGAUGAUAAUGAUGUUUUGGUUGAGUGA